AUGGGGACGAAUUUGCAGUUGGCUGCAUACUAUCCAUUAAAACCACUCUUGAAGAAGAAUUCCAAGCCCAAGAAAAUACAAGAGGGAGUGAAAUCUGGGCCAGGGUCAAAGAGGAAUAUAAGAUUACUCAAGGCUAAUUAUGUGAAAGAAUUCACUUUUUUGGGUCCAGGUGAGGAUCCUCUUGAUCCCAAUAAGUGUUUUCUUGAUCUCAAUACCGUUCAAGCCCGAGAGGACUCAGCUAUUAGACAAGCGAAGGCAGAGGCAGAGAGGAUUGGAGUGGGCGUUACUGCUGAUGGCCAGAGUGUUUUCGAUGCUCUGUCUAAAACGCUUCCUGUUUGUUGGGACAAGACCACCAUAGUUGUGAUGAAUGAAGUGCGCGUUAGCGCUCCAUAUCUUCCUGAAUCUGUUACUGGAGGAACUCCUUCUGCCAAUGAACGUGUUCGGAAAGUGCUUGAGCUCGAAAGGAAGAGGUUGCAAGCUCGUAAUGCUGGCCAGUGA